AGGAUUGUAAAGCACUAGCAAAUUGCUUACAUGCUGAACCGAUAAGUUACACAAAGUUCUUAUUGUUGUUGUGAGCGGUUGGCAUUAGAUAAUGGUGAUAACGUCGUCUGGCAGGUCACGAACAAGUCAAGGGGACACAAACAAACAGCAAGAAAAUAUAUAUUUUAUCAAGAAUCUUUGAGGCACCUACAAAGAUUUAGGUUUCACUUGAAAUUGAAUAAAAAAGUCAUCCAGUGGAAAGCAUAAGUAUUAAAUAUUCUUUCCCAGGGUCCAAGUGUUUUUUUGCAGCCUUUGUGUUUUGGUACUGGAUGGUGUUAGUCCAGUGUUUGCGUCAGUCUUGUUUGGAAGUUAAGUGGUGCUUUUAAACCUCGAUACAAUGGCAGAAGAAUUAAAACCUAAACUGCCAGAUAUAUCUGUUUCUGGGACAUCAGAAGACGAGGGUAACUCCCCACGCAGAGAAGAGAUUGGUGAUGAAGAUAAAUAUGCAAAUUCUGAUUCUGAUCAGGAUUCUUUGAAAGAAACAACCAGCAACGGACAUGUAAACAGUGGGUUGAUUGACAAUGAUAUGCCAGCACUGGCAGAGAAACUGAGUAAAGUAGACGUUGAAUCUGAAGAUAUCAAAUUUAGCUCAAAUGAUAUUGUGGGUGAUCGUAUUUUGAUAGAGAGGGAUGGAAAGUUUGAGUUGGUUGAUGCGUCAGAAGUAAAAGCAGAAUACUUUCAGAUGAUGGGAAUAGAGGAGGACCUAGGUAAAGAAUCGUCACCAGAAGAGAAGCCACCUUUGGAGUCUGCAAAAUCAAUGAAGGAGGACUCAACGAAAAAUAACCCAAGUAACAGGACAUCCCCAAGGCCAAAAACUUCCCCACUGAAAGCUGGCUCAAGCAAAGUGCCCCAAAAAAGUAGAGCAAAGAGCUCGUAUGCGAGGGAGAGAAAUUAUGAUGAAUAUUCACAUAUAAAAUCCAGAUAUGCCAUGACUGAUCAUCAGUUGGAAAUGAAAAGGCGCAGGGAAGAGGCCAUUGCAAGAAGGAAAAAAGAAGAAGAUGAACGGCUUCAGGAAGAGAAUAACAGGAAGCGUGAUGAAGCAGAAAAGGCAUUCCAGGCUUGGUUAAAGAUUAAAAAUGAAGAGGCUCUUGAAAAGAGAAAGUAUUUGGGUUUAAAGAAUGAUUCUAAAUUGAAAGAAGAUAGAAAUAAAGCUGCGCAAGAUGCAUAUGAGGUUUGGUUGCAUGAAAAGUCCAAACAGAAAAAGCAAGAAAAGGAAAUGGAAAGAAGAAAAUUUGAAGAGGAAGUGUCAACAUACGUUAUAAGAGAAAGACAGACAUGUGAGGAAGCAUUCAACAGAUGGCUAAAGAAAAAGCGAAUAGAAGAAAAGAAGAAACUUGCUGCAAAGAAACCAAGAAGGCAACGAAAGGCAAAGAAAAAGGGUUCAACUGACCCAAAACCUAUCAAUACAUCAGCAAUAAGGUUCACAGAUUACUACGGAUAUAGAAAUACCGUCGCUUUGUAAAUCAAGAAGCCUAUGGUCGUGCCCUUGCGCAAGUGCGCUGUCUUGAUCUCAUCAAAGAUAGAUUUAUGGCUUCGUGCAGAAAAGGGUCGUGAAAUCUCCAAAGAAACACUCCUGAAGUAAAAGCUUUCUAUUAAUGCUUUAUUGAUUUGCUUUUUUUGUUAUAAUUUUUUAGUCUCUAAGUUUCACAGUAUUGAUUUGCUCCUUUUCAAAAUGCUGCGUCCAUGGAAGCUUUCGGCAUCCAAUCCCGCGUAUAUGCCAGCUCCGAUUCUCCAACGAAUGAUCUAUCUGGAUUCCCAGCUAAUUCAGGUGGUUUUUGGUUGAAACGUUUAGUAGCAAACAUAGAAGAUUUUUAAUAAACAAAGUAUGAGCUCUCUGGAAUUAUCCACACUGAAAUGUUUGGGUCGGGGGAGGUUUCCCAUACCACUUUAUUGUAAUACCUGGCAAACCUAGAGUCCUUCAUCUGGAAGAUUUUUGCCUACCAUAGUUAAACAUCAAAGAAAUCUUCGGAGAUUGAUGUGAAUAUCGGUGUAAAAUAUUUGUUGGAAUUGCACACUUCUCGUAUCAAGAGCUUUUUUACUGAAGAACGAAGUUAAUAAUCAAGGUGUGAUGAGAGUAUAUAUGAUACAAAGCUAUAACCUUGAUAAUAUUGGUCUUAUAGGAGCAUCUACUUUUUGAAUUUUAUGUUUGUAAUAGAAAGCUAGCGAUCUUUCACUGGUAUAUAUUGUGAGAUUUUUGUUAAUGAGUUAAUUGUAUAUUUUUGUUAAUAAGUCUCGAGAACGUUCAUAACUUGGAAACCUGUUUUAAUUGCUUUGUCCGUUGGAAAUUCUUUUCAGCAUUUUGCAUCUUUCAGUUGAUCACUGGCCCCGUAUUGAAACAAGACUUGUUUUCUUUAUGAUACGAUUAUCAGAAUGGGAGAGAAUACAAACGAAAUCAACCAGUAUCAAAUCAUAAUUUUUUGUUCAGGCAUCUGCUGAUACACAUUUUGUAAGUACUUCUACGUUGUUUCUUACGCCGCGAGAUUGCCUAUGCUACGUCAAAAGUCAACUGCUUGAAGGAUAGAUGCAUCGUGGGACAAUUUUGUCAAGCAUUCUCAUCGAUUCUAGAAGAUUUUCUUAACAGUUUUUGCCAUAUACAUGCAAUUCAAUUGGUCCGUUCGUUUUGUUUCAGAAAUAAGAGUCUAAGGGCUGAAAAUUUGAUUAGCCAGGUUUCUUCUAUGAUUAUAUAAGAUAGGCAGGAACAAUGCGAAACGACGCGUAAAGGUUUAAUAUGAAGAAAACAAAAAAUCAGACUCUUGAA